CCAACAUUAUCCACAGGCGCCAAACCCACCAAUCUUGGCCCCCCCAACUGAGCCUCAGUCUCCACAAUCCAACACUGUGCUGCCGGUCGGCAACAGCCUGCAUAAAACAUCGAGGCUUUUUUGUUUGCUGCGGAAAUUUCCCAGGCCGGCUCUCCAUUCCUUAGGCAGCGUGUGCCUCCCCCGGUCAGCCUCGCCGUAAUCCGACAUACGCCCUCGAGGACUCGGUUUCAGCAUUCUUCUAAACGCUUGACUUCCGCCCACCAAUCACUGAAUUGUUUUGCCCUGUUUCCUGGACAUUCCUCUGACGCGGCCAUACACAAGGGCCAGGCUCAAACAAUCCAACACAUACUUCUGCAUGGACUUCUAUAUUUGACACUCUUGGUCCCAUGCAACUCCUCAGACUGAGCCAGGGCUUAGACGCAUACGCGCUUCAAAGUUGACAGGCCUUACCGUUAUCAGCUUAGAUUCUUCCGGUAUCGUGGCCAUGGACAACACCACGCUCCACACUUUUCUCUUUCACUGCCCGGCCGCACUACGCAGUGUAGUAUUGCUUGGAUCCUGGGAUAACUUUACCCGGUCAUAUCCACUGGAACUCGACUCACGCGGGGGCCGUAAUAUAUGGAAAGGUUGCUUUACUUUUUCUGACAUUAUCUGCGACGGAGACCUGACCCAGCAAUCACCAAAACGGGACGGACCACUUAAAAUGGGUGGCACUUACUGGUACUAUUACAAGGUUGAUGGUGAUGAGGAACUGCACAACCCCGCUGAAGAGUCUACAACAUUUUGCCCUCUUCUGCCAGGUCAACGCCUCAACGUUCUGGAUGUACCUCGUGAAGGACACAGCCGCAGCAAUUCUGAUACGACUUCCGCUUUUACACGUAAUCCCAACGAUAGAUAUCUUACGCCAGUUCCACCUACGCCUCUAAGAUCGUAUCCUUCUUCACGGCCAGCGGGGACACCAGAGGCAUCUACGCUUCCUUUGCCUUCGCCCUGGACCCCGCGGUCUGCAACACAUGCACCCAUGGAUUGUUUCUUGUCGCCGCACACUGUGCGCCAUGCGCGAAGCGCAUCGGCAUCGCCUUACUUGCCUUCUACUCCCAUCUUCGCAGACUUCAAGGCCCUGAAAGACAAGCUGGCCUCGAAACGAGCCAACUCGAGAAAUCGAUGUGGAUCGAAACCUAGAGAGUUGGACAUCAGCUCACCUGUGCUUGUCAGUGGUGGAGAAGAUCUCAACCUCAUCCCUUUAUCAGUGUAUCGUCCAUCAGUUGAAUCAAUACGAGAGGCCCAACCAGAAACCACGCCGCAGCGGUCUUUGCCCUCGUUGAGAAAGAAGUUCUCCCCGUUGGCAUCACAUCCUGUGGAUCCUGAUCUGGACUCGGCUUUUGGGCCUGCGGAGCUAUCGGCAAUAAAGGAGCGCCCCAUGCGCAGACGAUCGCAUGUGCCCUCCUCAAUCAUCACCAGCGAGUUCCAGGUUGAGCAAUCCAGACUUCGUGCCAAUUCAGCAGAUACACGGCGAACACAGCACUAUCUCUUCUCUAACGAUCCAUGGCUCACCUCGCCCAAGUUGAUGCAAAAUCCUCAAGAGAAGGACACCGUGGUAGAGGAUGACACCCCAUCUGCCCCUAUCUUAUCACGACCCUCUAGCUACCUUGGGGCCCCAACACCAGACGAACGCCCUACAUCUAGCCAUGGUGAGCGUUCCAACCCAACGUUCCGGAAGUCGCUUCUCGACAAGGAGCUUCCCGCACUUCCUCGCUACCUAAUACCCGCACCUCUGUACGCCUGCAACCGUUCCCCAACCACGAACUCCGAAGCCGAACAGUCAGAAGACGAGUUUGAAGAAACAGACGACGAAGAGCGCCUGGACAACCUGAAUUUGGAUUUGGAUUUGCAAUUCCAACAAAAAGCCCGCAGCCACUUCUCCACCUGGAGCAACGACUCCAUCGGCUACGACUCCCCCACCUUAGACGGCGACGAAAUCGUCCUCUCCCCAACCUUCAGCUCCUUCACCAGCAACGAUAGCGACACAGAUAUACCCCAGGGCCUCUUAAUCCGCUACUCAUACGCGGACCCCACCCCUUCCUCUCCAACCCAACUAUCACACCUUCUAUCCCAAAUCCAGCUCACCACCACCACCACCACCACCCUGUCUUCCCCUUCUACUUCCUCUUCUUCCUCCAACAACGACGAAGAAGAAGAAGAUUACAAACAAGACACUCAAUCCACCCACCGCAUUUCAACCCCACCCCGCCUUUCUGAACUCCGCAUCUCAACCUUCGGCUCCGACCUCUUCUCCUCGCCCCCAUCCUCCCCACACAUUCUCUCCACAACCUCCUCCCGCCGCUCCUCCCGCCGCCAAGCCGCGUGCUUCGGCCUCGGCUUCCAGUACAGUCUGCCCGCUGAUGAGACAACGAGCAAGAGUACGCUGGCGGAGAGCGAAGUGACGGUGGAACGCAUUAUGCACCAGCGCAAUAUCAGUGUGCAUAGGGAGAGUGCGGUUAGUCAGCUUGAUGCGUUGAUGGAGGACUUUGGGUUCCUCGGUGAUGCGGUUAUUUGAGUUUGAGUUCCACUUCCCAAGUGGAAAUAGCGAUGCGCAUGCAUCUGAGAUACUCCUCAUUACGACUUUCUCUCAAUCUUAACGGCCGAUACAAUGUUAGAAUUUCUGGCUUUUUUUUAUUAAAUCUGCGGUGCCGCUGCUACUGGCUUACUGGAUACCUCGCUGUUCUUUUUUUCUUUUCUACAAGGGCGGCUGUUGAAGCGUUGCGGUUGGUUGCACGCGUGCCCCCCUUUUUUUUGCUGUCUAUAGCUUUUUUACUAUAUAUACCAUUGACGACCUUUGUUGUUGUUAUCGUACAGCGAGAUUAGCGGUUGGUGGGUGCAAUAUAACUUUGG